AUUAUAAAUUUAUAACUUAGUCCGUGGUUUUUAGUUAUCUCUGCGAAAACACGUAUUUUAUGUUCAGUCCUUUUAUUUAUGUCUAUAAUUUAUAUUUUAGUGAUAGAUCAUACUAUUGUUAUCAAAUAUCAAAUUAUUUUUGAUUUUAUUUAUAAGUGAUAACGUAAUUAAUUAAUAACUGAUAAAGAGUGUGUUAAAAAUAUAAUGUUUUAAAUUCCAGAAUCUUCUAUUGAAAUCUAGAGAUCUCUUUCAAAAUUUGACUCUUGGCGCACUCCCAAAUAUAUUUAUUUAUAUAAAGCUCAUGCAUUGGCUUUUUACCUUUUUAAAUCCGAACGAAUCGUUUUUAAUCAGUUUACGUUUAAAAUAUUAGCAGUCGCAGUCUAUAAUGUCGGGAGACAUUACAAAAGAUGCAAAUCUGUUGAAGGAUCAAGGCAAUGUGGCAUUUAAGGAUGGAAAUUGGCUAAAAGCUUUGCAAUAUUACACUUCUGCGUUGGAUCUACUGAAGGAAAACAUUCGUGAUAAAUCGAUAUUGUACAAAAAUCGGGCAGCUGUGUACAUUAAGUUGGGUGAGUUCGAAAAUGCAAUCCGUGAUUGUAGUGCAUCAUUGGACAUUGUUGCAAAUGAUCCGAAAGCAUUGUUCCGCCGUUGUUGUGCUUACGAAGAGCUUGGAAAAUACGAAGAAGCAUACAUAGAUGGUAAGCAAUGUUUGUCCUCUGAUCCAUCGAAUAAAGAAAUACAGCCUGUUUUAUCGAGAUUGCAUCCAAUUGUACAAGAGAAAGUGAGAGAAAAUGCUCAACUGUCAAAUAAAAUUGAAAGCAUGUUCAAAUAUGCUUUUAAAAUCGAAGAGAGUUUAGAAAAACGUACUACAGCCAUUAAAAAUUUAUUGGUUUUAUCUAAAGAAUCAAGUAGUGGAAGUGCUGGUUUGUUGAAAUCUGGUAUUGUUACCAAAAUUAAAGGUCUCUUAAAAAAUGAUCAAAAUGCUGAAGUACGAAUAAAUGCCCUGAGAAUAUUUGGUCAACUGUGCAAAAAUGAUGAGACUCGUACUAAGCAAGUUUUGGUCGAACUUGGUGUUCCUUGGUUUAUUGAUGCGUUAAAUACUGAAAAUCAAAACGAAAUAAACGGUGUUACAUUCAUUAUACAGGAAGCACUGAAUAGUUUAACAGGCAUGUCCAACACGUUAGAUAGUUCGCCAAACGAAGAAAAAUGCACACAGAACUCUAAAGAAAUAGAUGCUAUUCUGACUUGUUUAGUCUGUUCUGUGGACCGUCAUUCUAUUAAUAAGUUUGCAAGAGACUCCAUUAUAGAGAUAUUGACAAGAAAUGUUCAUUUUAACAAUAUAAAUUGGGCUGAACGUUUAAUUGAUAAGAAGGGAUUACAGAGAUUGUUGGAAGUAGCUGCUGAACUCAUUGAAACCCAGUAUGAAUCAAAAAUGGAAAUCACUGAAUACUCCCAUACUAACGUAUCAGUUUGCUUGUCAAAAAUAUAUGACAACAUGACCUGUGAUAAAUCCCGGGAGAAAUAUGUAAAUGCUGUUGAUGAGUUCUUGAAGGAAAAGCUACUAGACCCAGAUAUAGAAUCUAAAGUCCGAGCUAUAUCAACCAUAACAGUAUUGCUUAUGGGUCCAAUAGAUGUUGGAAAUUCAAUUAUAUCAAGAGAUGGCAUUAUUGAAAUGAUUCUUACAAUGGCUACAACAAAUGAUAAAGUACAGCAAAAAAUUGCAUGUGAAUGUAUUAUUGCUGCUACAUCAAAGAAGAGUAAGAUUACACCAAUUGUGAAGCAAGGUACCCAAAUACUUAAAAACCUGUACAAGAGUGGUGAUGAUGAUAUACGCAUUCGUGCACUGGUUGGCUUAUGCAAACUCGGCAGUAGUGGUGGAAGUGAUGCUUCAAUCCGUCCAUUCUCGGAAGGCUCUACUCUUAAAUUAGCCGAAGCUUGCCGUAGAUUUUUAAUACAUCCAAAUACCAAUCCGGAUACAAAAAGAUGGGCUGUAGAAGGGUUAUCUUAUUUAACAUUAGACGCAGAGGUUAAAGAAAAGUUAGUUGAAGAUCAAGCAGCAUUGGUAGCCAUUAUGGGGUUAGCUAAAUCAGAAAAAACAUCAGCAAUGUAUGCUCUAGUAUCAAUAUUUGUAAAUUUAUGUAAUGCAUAUGAAAAACAAGAGGUUAUUCCAGAAAUGAUUGAACUUGCAAAAUUCUCUAAAUGUCAUGUACCAGAAGACCAUGAACUAGACGAUAUUGAUUUUGUCAACAAGAGAAUUAUGUUAUUAUGUAAAUAUGGUGUCAUAACAGUCCUUGUACAAUUGUCCAAAACAGAAAGUUUAAACAUCAAAGAACUUAUUUCGCGACUAUUCAACGCUAUUUGUGUUCUACCAGAAAUCAGGGGUGAAGUAGCUAAAUUGGGAGGUUUAAAAUCUCUCUUGGAACUUGCUCAUUCAGGUACACCCAAAGGCAAAAGACAAGCUUCUCAAGCUCUAGCCAGAAUAGGAAUUUCCAUCAAUCCAGAAGUCUCUUUCAAAGAACAACGUUGCCUAGAAUCUGUUCGGCCAUUCCUUGGUUUAUUGCACCCGGACUGUACAGCAUUAGAGAACUUUGAGGCGAUGAUGGCACUUUGUAACAUGGCGUCUGUGAAUGAAAGGGUACGAAAGAAGAUAUUAGACACUGGGGGUCUACAGCUCAUAGAGAGUUAUUUAUUUGAAGAACACCAAAUGCUUAGGAGAGCAUCUGCUCAAUGUUUUACUAAUCUCAUGAUGUCUCAUGAUGUCAUAAAGAUAAUUGAGGGUGAAAAUGACAAAUUAAAAAUGUUAUUCCUGUUAUGUGAGGAAGAGGAUGAGGAUACAUCAUUAGCUGCUGCUGGAGCAGUUGCAAUAGCUGUGUCAAAUAGUGUACUAUGCUGUCAAAAAUUAAUGAAGUUUAACAAUUGGGAAGAAUCUUUGAAGGCUUUAUUAGCACAUCCCAAUAAUGCUAUGCAGCACAGAGCUUUAGUGAUUGCACAUAGUUUAAUAGGUACCGACAAAGAUAUUGCAGAAAAAAUUUUUGCCACCGACAUCAUGGAAGUAUUAAUGGCACUGUCAAUAAUGGAAGACGAGAAGAAAAAAGAGAUUAGAGAAAUGGCCAAUAAAUGUUUGAAACUAGCAGAAAGUUUGAAACUUAUAAAAAAACCCGAUUUUGAAGAAGAAUAAAUUACAUAAAUCUUCAAAUAUCAUUAUAUUAUUAACAGUAAACAGACAAUCCCCCGUAUAAAAAUGCUGUAUGCUUGACAAUUGGUCUUCGUCAUAAUAUUAUACAUAGACAAAUUGGUCACGGCUAAUUUUUUUCUUGAGACACUAAACAUACUACCAUAUCUUUUAAUGUUUUUAUAAAUAAUUUUAUGAAACCUCUAAGCUAUAAAGAAAAAUACAUUUUAUUUAUUUGAAUUAGUUUUAUUGUUAACUUUUUAGAAGAUGAAUUUUUAAAUUAUUGGUAUUGAUAGUAUUACUAAGUAUUACAAUUAAAUAUUAAUGAACGUUUUAAUAAUUAUUAUUUGAAUUAUAUUAAAUGUAAGAAUAUUUUCUAUUAAAAAAAUAUUUUGUAUUUAACUUUUAAGCCGGGGACCAAUUGUUUAUGUAAAAACUUAUGACGAUGACCUAUUGUCUCUGCUUAUGGCUUUUUUUUGCAGGGGCCAUUUGUCCGGGGAUCAAUUGUCCUAGAUCCAGUAUUGCUACCUAUGAAAUUCAAACAACUAUACUCUUUUUCACGAGAGAAUGGGACCGUGUUUCAAACAAAAAUGGUUGCCGCCGCUAAUCCUUUACCAAAACACAUAAUUUUGGUUGUUGACUGAAUGGAGGAGAUUUCACAACUGAAUGAGCCAAUGGAGCUCAUUCAACAGGCACUAAAUGGCCCCAUUCUCUCGUGAAAAGGAGUAGGUUAUUAUUAAUUAUAAUAUUAUUGUUUCUAGUAUUAUUUAAUUAUUAUCGAUGAUAUGAUUUUAUUUGUAUUUUAUCAUUUAAAGCACCAUAUUUAUUAUAUUCAUUGUGAAAAUAAUGUUUUGCUUUUAUUGUUUUAAAAAUUGUAGUACAAUAAUACAAUAUUAUCUUACAUGGUAAUAUUUUAAUUUAGCAAUAUGAUAUUUCAAUUGUAAGUGUAUAGCUAAUUUGAAUUAUAUAAUAUUUACAGGGUAUUCAACAAGAAUAGUUUUGAUAUGUAUUACAUUUUAAAGAAAAGUAUUAUUUUUAUACUCAAUAUCUUAAUAUAUGAAACACUGCCUUCUAGUCAUAUAAAAUUAAUUACAUUUUGUUCUAUACUUAACUUUUAUUUUAUAAAUUUCUUAUGAAUAUUUUAAGAGGACGCUAUACAGACAUUUGUUGAUUCCGUCUUACAAGUGCAUAACAUAGAAUAUUAUACGCUCAGCAGAUCACGUUUUGCUCCGUCUGUUUAAUAAUUGUGAAUUUACCUCUUAUAAAAUUUAAAGGUAAGUUUAUUGAGUUAUGAGUAUUUUAACAUGUACAAACAAUCUAUAAUUUUAAAAUAAAAAUCCUAUGAGAUAUGCCCUAGAUAAUAAUCUUACCUUUAAAUUUUAAAUGAGGUCAAUUCACUCUAAAUUUUAAACUAAUGGAACUAAAUGUGAUCUGCUGAACGUAAAAUCUGCUAAGUUACGCACUUUUAUGACGGAGACAAUAGAUGUCUGUGUAGCAUCCUCUUAACAUUACGUCAUUACAUUUCAUUGUAAUGACUAAUAUUAAUGUUUAUUUAUUUUUGUUACUUACCAAAAUAUUCUUUUUGAUAUUUACAAUGUUAAAUUUAAUUUUUACUUAUCCUAACCCUUUAUUUAUUAUUGAUGAGAAUUUUAUUUAAAUAAAUUAUUGUUUAUUAAUAUACUUUUAAUUGUAUUCUUAUAAAGUUAUAAACAACCAUGUUGUUGACUAGAAAAUUAAAAGAGUAAUUAUGUAUAGU